GGAUGACAGUGGCGGCCGUGACAGACGCAAGUAUGAAUUCGAUGGCAUGCGUUGGCAACUGGUGACCAGCACCGGAUCCAACUGGGAGGCGGAAUGAUGCAUGAACCGGAUUCAUGAAUCAAAGUCCGCAGCUGUUUUUCAAGCCGAGCGAAAACAGUAGCCAUCACAAGGGCUGGAUUAUCGUAGGAAUCCACCCACUCGUUGUCUUCUUAGCGGUUCAUGUCGUUCCUGCGUGUUGGUGGCGCCUGCGGCUCGCUCCCGUUGCCCACGAGCCACAUAUCUGGAACGGUGAACCUCAGCGCUUUAUCAUCUCAGCACCCUUUGCCUCUUACAUCUCACACGCUUGGGGCGUUUCGCUGCUUGUAUGCAACGUUCUCGAUGCGUAGCCUCCCGUCCUUCUCGUUCUUGGCACGAAAAAACAUCUCACGCCCGAGCCUCGUCAAUCUUUGCUAACGAAACAUCCUCAAUUCAUGUUU